AUAUUCAACUCAAUGUAAAAGGGUGCAAAACUUUAAGUGAUUCUUUUAUAGAAUAUAUUCGUGAAGAAUCUUGUGAAGGAAAUAAUAAAUACCAAACUAAAACAUAUGGAUUGCAAGAUGCAAAGAAAGGAGUAAUUUUUGAAAGUUUUCCGCCAGUACUACGAAUAAAAUUAAAACGGUUUGAAUAUGAUAUGCAAAAAAAUACUACAGUUAAGAUAAAUGAUCGUCAUGAAUAUCCUAUGGAAAUUGAUUUGCAAAGCUAUUUAUCAUCGGAUAGCGAUAAAUCAAAACCGCAUUAUUAUUUGCUUCAUGGAGUAAUUGUUCACAGUGGUGACUUACAUGGAGGAAGGUAUUACGUUCUUUUAAAACCAGGAAAGAAUGGCAAAUGGUCCAAAUUUGAUGAUUUUAAAGUUACGCCUGUAACAGAUAAAGAAGUACUUGAAGAUAAUUACGGGAAUGAAAUAGCAAUUGGAACAAAUCUUAACCAAUUUAAAAGUGCAUAUAUAUUAGUAUAUAUCCGCGAAUCUGAUAUCGACUUUGUUCUAUCUCCGGUACUUGAUAAAGAUAUACCAGAACAUUUGCAAAAAAAAGAAGCUAAAGAGCGUCAUUUAUAUUUAACUAUUAAGAUUGUGACUUUGGCUACUUUUGAGCGUCAUCAAGGGUUUGAUCUCGUUAAUUUUGAUGAUCGGCAAUAUUCAAUAUCUGAAGUUCCACAAUUUAAGGUUUUAAAAAGUGAAACAUACAGGACUUUAAAAACUAUGGUCUCUCAACAAGUCGGGAUUCCAUAUGAGCAAACAAGGUUGUGGAUUUUAGUAAAUCGCCCUAAUAAAACUGUCAGGCUAGAUACUCCAAUAUCAGACCAUUUUCUUGACAUGACUAUGGAGGAAAUUUGCUUGCAACAUGAACUUAAAUUGUUUUUGGAGGUGGCAGAUAAACCAAUUGACGGCAAAGAAGCAUGGUUCCCGACACUAGAAUAUAGUUCUCUUCUAUUAGUUUUCAUCAAGUACUUUAAUCCCAAUACACAAUCUUUAGAAGGAGUGUGUCAUUUAUAUGUUAGAAAAUUUGGUAAUGUUGGUGAUAUUAUUCCAAUUCUUUGCGAGAAAAAGAACUUUCCACCACACACACUCUUGAAUAUAUAUAAAGAAAUAAAACCAACCGAGAUUAAGGAAAUGAAACCUGAAUUGACUUUUCAACAAUCUGAGAUACAAGAUGUGCAAGAACAUACUACUGCAGGUCGUAUUUGUGACAUUCCCACAUUCUAUGAGUUAUUAGUUAUGUGUGUCGUUGUCCAAUUUAAACCAAAACAUAAAGACUAUAAACAAGAACCUGAAUUUGAGUUAACUUUAAAUAAAAAUUAUACAUAUGAUGAAAUUGCUAAACGCGUUGCUAUUUUUUUAAAAGCGGAUCCUUUGGCAUUACGAUUUACAACGGCGCAUCCAACUUCCGGUACAUUCAAAACUGUAAUUAAAAGUACUACUACACAAACACUAUCAGAAAUGCUUCAAACAAACCAUCAGCCUAAUUUAGCGAAUCUUUUGUAUUAUGAGAUGCUUGACAUUA